GUUCAUCUCCCCAAAAAGCCUCCCACCCAUUCAGCCUUCUUUAUCUCUAUAAUCUCUUCUCUCUCUCUCGUCUCAUCGACUCUCUGUGUGUAUCACUCUUAUCUUUCUUCCUUUCUUUAUCUUUUCACAAAGGUAAAGGCUAUAAAAAAAGACCCUAACGUAAGAAAAGUGAUAUAUUCCCUUAUUCCUAUAUUACAGCGCCAAGUCUCACUCUCACCCUCCAAAACUUAAAAACCAGACUUUGAUGUAGAGUCGGUCUCUGACUCUCUGCUCUUCUUCAGCUGCCCUCCCCUCCCUGCUUCCAAAAUCAUAACCAUUAGAGUAAUAAGCUAGAGGAAGAGAGCAAUGACAGUGAUGGAUUUUGUUCCUCUCUUCAUUUUUGCUCUCGUUGUUUCCGUUUGCAGUGCUGAGAUCUCGAGCAAGGUUGGAAUAAAUUGGGGUGGGCUGGGAAAUAACCUUCCAUCACCGACGAGGUCAGUGGAGCUUAUCAAAUCAAUCGGAGCCAAACAAAUCAAAAUCUACAAUGCGGAUCCUGACAUCCUUAAUGCCCUCAAGAAUACCGACUUCGUUGUCUCUAUCAUGGUACCCAACGAAAUCAUUGCCAACAUCUCCAAAAGCCAAUAUCUCUCCGAUCGAUGGGUGCAGACCAAUGUUGUGCCUUUCUACCCUGAGGUAAAAAUCCGAUAUCUCCUUGUUGGUAACGAAAUCCUCACUAACCCUGAUCUGGGGACAUGGUACAAUCUUGUGCCGGCCAUGCGUCGAAUCAAGAGUUCCUUGAAAACCCACAAAAUCCAUAAGGUUAAAGUUGGGACUCCAUCGGCAAUGAAUGUCCUGGAAUCGUCUUUCCCACCUUCAAGUGGAACUUUCCGAUCAGAUAUUUCGGCUCCGAUAAUGAAACCCAUGUUGCAGUUUUUGAACCGGACUAAAUCGUUCUUCUUCGUCGACGUCUACCCUUAUUUCGCCUGGGCCGAUAACUCGAAAGACAUCAAUCUCGAUUACGCUCUUCUCGAGUCCACCAAUGUGACAUACACCGACCCGGUCACCAACCUCACUUACACCAAUCUCUUUGACCAAAUGCUGGAUGCUAUCGUCUUCGCCAUGAAACGGCUCGGGUACCCGGAUAUCCGGAUUUUCAUCGCGGAAACGGGUUGGCCCAAUAACGGCGAUCUCGACCAAAUCGGAGCCAAUAUUUACAAUGCUGCCACUUACAACCGCAACAUAGUAAAAAAGCUCACCACCAAACCCGCCAUUGGCACUCCAGCCAGGCCCGGCUCUGUGAUUCCUUCUUUCAUCUUCGCAUUAUAUAAUGAGAAUCAGAAACCGGGUCCUGGCACGGAGCGGCAUUUCGGGUUGCUAUACCCUAACGGUUCACAAGUAUACGAGAUCGACCUCAGUGGAAAGACACCGGAAUCAGAGUAUACAAAGCCGUUACCGGCACCGACAAACAAUGAACCAUAUAAAGGAAAGAUAUGGUGCGUGGCGGGUAAAGGAGCAAACAAGACUGCGCUGGGGGAUGCGUUAUCGUAUGCAUGCUCGCAGGGGAACAAAACUUGCGAGCAGAUCAAACCGGGAAAAUCGUGUUUCAAACCGGAUUCAUUGGUUUGGCACGCGAGCUACUCGUUUAGUUCGUAUUGGGCCCAGUUUAAGAAGCUGGGCGGGACCUGUUAUUUCAACGGGCUAGCGACGCAGACAGCUAAAGACCCAAGUUUUGGGCACUGCAAAUUUCCAAGUGUGAGUCUAUUGUGAGGCAGCAUCUCCAAGGCAAGGGAUUUAGGGUUGCCGAUUUUGCUAUGGGCUGAGAUUUAUUUAAUAAAGUUUAGUCUAUUCUUUUAGGCAUGUGGUUUUUUUUUUAUAUAUAUAAUUUUUAGGAAGAAAGAAAUGUCAGUUCAACCAUUAUUACAAAAUGGAUUCUUAAAUCUCUAGGCCUUUUUUCCAUUGAAAGUAUUAUUUGAUUAUUGUAUGCUGCUUUAUUGGCUAUUCUGCAAAGGAUAGAAGAUUGCAACGGCUAGUUAUUCAGUUUAUUUAUGAACUCAACGGCUAAUUUUUUUGGUA